AUGACAAAGAAAGACAAUACACCUGCAAAGAAACGCAAGGCCGAACGCAAGAAGAUUGAGAGAGAAGCUGCUAGUGCCGCCGCAGCUACUGCUGCCGCAGAAGCAAUCGCGGAUGCUGCCGAUGGGUUUAACCGCACCGUAGCCGAAGCACUUGUCUCUGGCAAUAAUAGUCAGAACAAUGCUUCGGAUAAGGAUGUAGCCACUCCGAUUAAGGAGACUACUCCUGCCGAAAGGGCCCGAGGACCAAUGAUUGCCUCAAUUUCGAAGUACGCAUUUCCGAAGCGAAGAAGUGAGACAAGGGACACGUCUCACGACGCCCCAACCAAUUCUUCUGAUGAAACCCAGACAGAAAAGUUCCCAAUUAUAAGGGACAAAGACGAAUCUCAGAAGGUACUACACCGGAACCAGAAGAGGAGGCAAGCUCAAGUGGCAAACCCAAAUCUUCGUCCGAGACCACUGAGCCAACGCGCAUAUAAUCAGUUAGCCGCUCUUAUGAAAAGCAUGUCUGUUGAAUAUGUAGAUCGAACGUAUGAAUCAGGAAAGCAAGCACAGCGCUUACGCGAGCAUGUUUCUCCGGGCAUUACUAAAGCCCUACAGAAGUGGACAGAACGUCAGCAGUCAAUGUCGCCCGAAAAGCGAAUGGACCUGAGCGCCAAACCUGUGUCAGUUGACCCAUAUGUGCUCAGCGUAUCUAUACCUUACGAGGACCUGCCACCAGAAGUCCAGGCUAAUUAUUCGGCUGUUCUUUCGCCAGGCCAUGAGUCGCCUGUCCUUGAGGGUAUUAUAGACCCAGAGGCAGGUAAAAACACUCCACCACCUUUACCCAGUUGGGGGGACCGUCCACGUCAUAAACCAGUUAAGACUGGAUAUGUCGUCCACACGGAGUUACCUCCCGAACUUAUAAGGCCAACACCUAUCCCAGGAACAGAGCACCGAAAGGCCUCGACCAUGGACUUUACACGGGGUAAUAAACACCCUAGUAGACGUGAUAACGACGUCGAAUUUAAUCGCUUCGAUCGCACCGUCAUACACCAACCCGUAGAGGAUUUCCACUUUGAUGAGGUGACCAAACUUAAUAAAGCGGUCGACGUUUACACCAAAAAGAUGGAAAUCGCCGAUACCAAUCACCAGACGGACGAUGUAUUAUAUUUUGCUAAUAUGAUUGCGAUCAAGCAGAAGCGCAUCGAUCAGCUACUUCAUGCCCAACGUGGACAAGUGCACCGGGACAACCAGAAAUACAAGAGACAGAUCAGUCGACUUAAGUCGAACUGGGAUGCCAACAGCAAGCAGAUCGAGUUAUAA